AUGUCAACUUUGACUGAUAAUGCACUCGUCAUCCAAGCUCCAGCCGACAUCACCGUGCGCGGCCAAGAGAUCAAUCAGUACAAGUCUGCGUGGCAUGUUCUCAACGGUGCCUGUUUGAGGAGCAUCCAACUGCGCAAGCCUGCUUUGGUUGCAGAAGGGACGAAGCAGGAGCUGAGUCAUGAGCUGGAGGUUGUUCUUGUCCACCGGGAGGGGACGGGCUCGCGCUUUGCCAACGUUAUUGUGCCCAUAGAGGUCAGUGCUGAGCCGUCCUUGGAUCUUUUGGCACCUUUAUUAGACCAAGCAGAACUCCCAAGUGAGGUUGGGGAACUACAGCCUGUUCUUGUAAGCAUGCUCCCCCUCAAGCUUGCCAACGUCUUCGCCAACGUCUCGUUCCAGCAUUUCUGGGCAGAAGUGAAGACCUCGUGCAACGGCGGUUCAGCUGGGGCACGAAUCUUUAUGAGGAACCAAACCAUUGCCACUUCGAAGUCACGGCUGCAGCGGGUCCUCAACAUGCUGCAAUAUGCUCCAGAGCAAUUGCCCACCCUGCCUCCAACACAGACAUGGUUGGUCCAGCCGUGCCCAAGAGGAGGUUCCUGUGCAUUUCCGACUCCGACCAACUUGACCCCACAGCUUUUGGAGGCACAGGCAGCCUUGGCAAAUGACUCCACAAAGUUGCAAACUGCCAAGCAGGCUGGGACAGACACACUGCACACAAGUCCCAGUGCUUGCCCGCAGGCGAUGGACGAGUCCUUGUUGGCGCUGACGGGGAAUGGCACUGAAAUUGCCAACGAUGUGUACACAACGGCCGUGCGAAGCAGAGACCAUCUCCGCAAUGCACAGGCUGCUGUGGAUGGUGCCUCUCGAACAGUCGAAACUUUACAAGCACAGAUUGACAGCGCGGCCUCAGCUGUUUGGGAUUCAGAUGCACCUCCAGUUGGUUCUGGGGACAGCAGGACCACCACAAGCACAAGCACAACCACCGCAAUUUCACCCGCAGUCUCAGCCAAACCAUCCAUGUUGGCAACCGGCAUAAGCGUGCAUGACUGCAGCAUGCAAGCUGCAUCACCCGUGGAGGUGGACCUCGCAAAGACCGAACAUGUUGAUGCAGGUUCUGGUGAAAGUUCUGAAGCACUCCUGUUUUGGCGGCUGUCGGCGACACCCGGCUUGCCUCCAGCAGAAGCAGCAGCGGCGGAAAGUGCUGCUGUAGCGCCAGAGCUUCAUGUAGCGAAUUUGGGUGACAGACUUCGCAUUACACCUGUGGACCAAAAACCCUUAAUGGUCUUGCUGGUGCAUGGCCUGGAGUUGCCCAUUUCCUUCGUUGAAGUGAGUGUGCCUGGUCAACAUGCCUUGGCCGGAAAGAGGUCUGCGGCUGAGAUUCAGCUGGUUCACAUGCCUUCCGAUGCUUCCAAAGCUGUGGCUGUGGCUAUGCAGAUGGACACAAGUCAGGAUGAAAAUGCUUGGUUUCAACACCUGGGAGACUCCCUGCCACGAGCAGGAAUGACAAAAGAAGUGCAAGGAGCGGAUCCUAUGAUGAUGCAUCCGGCAUUUGGACGUGGAGUUGCUGGCCAUUUCUUCAGAUACGAUGGCAGACUCCUUCAAGACUCCUCCUGCGCUCGCAUUAGGUGGCAUGUCUUGGAGGAGCGGGGCCACCUCAGCAGCAGCCAGCUGCAAGCUUUGCGACAGGUGCUGCGGCCUCCUGGCUCUGCUUUUGAGACGGAUCCCAGUGCUUUGUCUCCGACUCUUGGCUGCAGAACAAUAUUGGUUGCGUUCAGUUUUGGACCGUUUCCACUGGUGUCCUGUGUUCUCGCUGCAGCUUUUCUCUCGCCCCACUUUUCUCUCUCUCUCUCUCUCUUUUUCUUUGCCCCUGUUUUUCGAGUUUGUUUGUUGUUUUUUCAAUCAAUCCAUUGCUUUUUUAGCAACGUUUUUUGA